AUGGCACCACCGGUGACCCCCUGGCUUCUGCCCCUGACUCUGCUGCUCCACGCCGCGGGAGGAUCGACGCCGUUCCGAAGGCCGCGGCGGCCGGCGGCGGUGGCGCUGGGCGGGACGGUGGAGCUGGGCUGCGAGGCGGCCGGGAAGCACGGGCCCUCCGGCGGCUCCUGGCUCUUCCAGCCGCCGGGCGACGGCGCCGUGCCCGCCUUCAUCACCUACCUGUCGGCCUCGUCCCCGAGAGGCCGCUGGGCGCCGGGGCGGAGCGCGCGGUUCUCGGGGGCCCUAGUCGGGACCGGGUUCUCGCUGACGGUGCGCGGGUUCCUCGCGGAGGACCAAGGCUACUACUUCUGCUCGUUCCUGCACAACGGCUCGGCCUUCUUCAGCCCCUUCGUGCCCGUCUUCCUGCCAGGUCCGGGCGCGGGGUGGCGGCUCCCCUCUGCGCCCAUGGUGGGGGCGGGGAGACCCACUCAGACGCGCUCCCGGGUCCUGGAUGGGGAGCAGGCUCGGCGAUCCCGGCUCCAUUUGGGGGUGCUGGUGCGGUCCCGGGGCACGCUGGUCAGUGGGAUGCCCACCCUGGCCGCCCCCCACCCUGUUGACCCAGCAGCGAAGCCAGCGCCGCGACCGCCCACAUCCGCGCCCCCCGCCACGUCCACGUGGCACCCCGUGUCCGCGCGCCCCGAGAUCUGCGGGCCCAGAGCUGGAGGCGCAGCGGACGCCCGGAGGCUGGACUUCGCCUGCCACGCGCACAUCUGGGCGCCCCUGGCCGGGAUCUGCGGCCUCCUUCUCCUGUCGCUGCUCGUCACUGUCGCCUGCUGCCACCGAAACAGAAGGCGUGUUUGCAAAUGUCCCAGGCCCGUGGUGAGGCAAGGAGGCAAAGCCCAGCCCUUCUGACAGAUGCAUCUACCUUGGCACCAGGACUGCGCAAUAGCCACUACACGACAUCGAACUGAGACCUCUUCUUGCAAGACAGCAACUUCUCUUUUCCGUUUUUCCAGCCUUCCUUCCUAUGCAUUCAUUCUCAUUAUAUCAGCGUGGAGCAGGUUAGGCACAGUUACUUUAUCUAGUUACUUUGACACAAAACCAAACCCUGUAAUGUCUAUGGUGCACCCCAAGAGUCACAGCGUGUAGCAUACACACAAUGGGGCAGCACAGCAGAGCUGCCCCG